CUAUAUGCAAGCAGCAGUAAUUUGACCAGGCACUUAGGGCAAAGAGGACCGGAGUUAUCCGUGUAACACUGUAACCUUGCUACUGCAUUUUGACAGCUCUUCUUGUGGCCUUGUACUCUAUCCUCGGACUUCUAACUGAAAGAAGAACAUAUCCGUCCUUGCUUCUGGUGACCGACAAUAAUAAGCAGAGGUCACAGCGCUCUCUCUGCUGCCGACUUUCCUGGCAUGGUGCAAGUCAACAGGUCAUCUCUGUGAACUAUUUGAGAGUUCCUCCCAAACUUCCCUCCCACUCCCUUGACAGUCUACAUGGUUUGACGUCUGUACAUGGUGAACAGUUCACAAUGAAGUUCCAAGAGCUGAUAUAGUUGCCACCUUGGUCAAGCCAUCAAAAGUUUCAAAAGAAUGUGUGUUGGUCAUGUUUGUUUCUUCCUGACAUCUUAUAACUCAUUUUUACUCAUUUUGAAGCCUUCUUUUCUACACCAGUUUUUGGUAGCUUACAAAUGAUCUGAAGUUUGAUUCUUUCUGAGCCCCACCAGCCUAUUUCUUGCAAAUAGCUAUUGCUGUUUGUUCAUGAAUAAGAAUCAGGACACGCAGAAAACACAGUAAUCAUACCUGGUCCUUGGUGAGGAACAAGUGCUCCACAGCGAUUCUUCACCUGCACGAGGAAAAUGGGCUGCAAUCGGAACUGUGGGCUCAUCACCGGAGCUGUCAUUGGUGCAGUCCUGGCUGUGUUUGGGGGCAUUCUCAUGCCAGUAGGAGACAUGCUCAUUGAGAAGACCAUCAAAAAGGAAGUUGUCCUUGAAGACGGAACAAUUGCUUACAAAAACUGGGUUAAAACAGGCACCACUGUUUACAGACAGUUUUGGAUCUUUGAUGUGCAAAAUCCAGAUGAUGUGGCGACGAACAGUGACAAAAUCAAAGUGAAACAGAGAGGUCCUUACACAUACAGAGUUCGUUACCUAGCCAAGGAGAACAUAACUCAGGAUUCUGAGGACAACACUGUCUCUUUUGUACAGCCCAACGGAGCCAUCUUUGAACCUUCGCUGUCUGUUGGAACUGAGAACGACACCUUCACAGUUCUCAAUCUGGCUGUGGCAGCUGCGCCACAUAUAUACACAAACUCAUUUGUUCAAGUUGUGCUCAACUCACUUAUCAAAAAGUCCAAGUCUUCCAUGUUCCAAAAUAGAACCUUGAAAGAACUGCUGUGGGGCUACAAGGAUCCAUUUCUGAGUUUGGUUCCAUAUCCUAUUUCUACCACAGUUGGUGUGUUUUAUCCUUACAAUGAUACUGUAGAUGGAGUGUACAAAGUUUUCAAUGGAAAGGAUAACAUAAGCAAAGUUGCCAUAAUUGAUUCUUACAAAGGAAAAAGGAAUUUGUCCUAUUGGCCAAGUUAUUGCGACAUGAUUAAUGGCACAGAUGCAGCCUCUUUCCCACCUUUUGUUGAGAAGUCUCGGGUGCUGCGGUUUUUCUCCUCUGACAUUUGCAGGUCCAUCUACGCCGUGUUUGGGUCUGACGUUAACCUUAAAGGAAUCCCCGUGUACAGAUUUGUCCUCCCAGCCAAGGCCUUUGCGUCACCGCUCCAGAAUCCAGACAACCACUGUUUCUGCACGGAAACCGUCGUCUCCAACAACUGUACAUCAUACGGUGUGCUAGACAUUGGCAAAUGCAAAGAAGGAAAACCUGUGUACAUUUCCCUCCCACAUUUCCUGCAUGCAAGUCCUGAUAUUUCAGAACCUAUCGAAGGCUUAAAUCCAAAUGAAGAAGAGCAUAGGACAUACUUGGAUGUGGAACCUAUAACUGGAUUCACUCUACAAUUUGCAAAACGACUGCAGGUCAACAUACUGGUCAAGCCAGCCAGAAAAAUCGAAGCAUUGAAGAAUCUGAAGAGAAAUUAUAUUGUACCUAUACUUUGGCUUAAUGAGACUGGAACUAUUGGCGAUGAGAAAGCAGAAAUGUUCAGAAGUCAAGUGACUGGGAAGAUAAAUCUUCUUGGGCUGGUUGAAAAGGCCUUGCUUGGGGUUGGAGCGGUGAUGUUUGUUGCUUUUAUGAUUUCAUACUGUGCUUGCAGAUCCAAGAAUGGAAAAUAAGUAGUAAACAAGCCUACAUUUAUUCACCGGAUACAUAAAGAUCUUUGAUAAAAUCAAUCUACAAAUGAAGACUUAAUAUAUACUUUUUUUUACAAAACACACCCAUCUUUAGCUUAAGAAAUGGUGAUGUGCUCUUCCUCUCUCUCU